UAUACGUAAGACAGGAAAAGAUGGCAUUUGGGAAGGGACGUGGCAACAAGCGAGCUUCGACGUCUUCCUAUGCGUCGACCAUUACAAUGAUCAUCUUUGUGGCUCUAUGUGUUAUCGGUGUGUGGAUGCUUUCUUCCAAUUCUGUUAUUCCACCGCAGAUCACACAAGGUUCCACUCGAACGGUCGUCUCAGAGACGGAGAGGAGUGAUGUGUCUGCCUCUUCAAACGGUAAUGAUGAACCCGAACCCACAAACAAAGAGUCUGACGAGCAACCGGCAUUUGAAGACAAUCCGGGAAAGCUUCCAGACGAUGCCGUAAAGUCUGAAGACGAGCAGCGGAAGUCAGCCAAAGAGAAGAGCUCAAAGGCAGGAGGAGAAGAGGCAGGAGGAAGACAAACUCAAAAACAAGAAAACCAACAGAAGGAUGAAAAGCUUUCCGAGGAGAGAGAGAAAGACAAUGGGAAAGAGAACAAGGUGGUGCAAGAGAAUGAUGAUGGUCAGGUGAAACAAGUGGUCAAGGAGUUUGAGAAGGAACAGAAGGAACAACGAGACGAGGAUGCUGGGACUCAAUCUAAAGGAACUCAAGAGCAAGAGCACGGACAGGGGAAGGAACUGCAGGAUGUGGAACAAGGAAAGAAACAAGGGCAAGAUAUGGAACAAGGAAGCAAACAAGGGCAAGAGCAGGAUUCAAAUGCAGACGUGACAUUCACAGAUGCAACUAAACAAGAACAACCUAUGGAAACGGGGCAGAACGAGACAUCAGACAACAACUCAAAGAAUGAAGAAAAUGGACAGCAACAACAAGAGGCACAAAACUCCGGGAAUGAGGAAAACGGACAACAAAACGAGGAGAAGAACACGGUUAGUGAAGAAAACGGGAAGGAAGAGAAGAGCAUGAAGGAUGAUAAUGGCCAACAGGAAGAACAUACCACAGCAGAAGAUGAAAACGGAAACAAAGAAGAACAGAGAACAUCGAAGGACGAAAACAUGGAGCAACAAGAAGAGCAGAAAGAUGAGAAAAGACAAGAGGGGUCAGAAACGAGUGGGUUUGGCUCUGGAAUACCCAAAGAAUCAGCAGAAUCACAGAAGUCAUGGAAGAGUCAAGCAACAGAAUCUAAAGAUGAGAAACAAAGACAAACAUCUGAAUCAAAUACUGUAGAGCGUAUAAUGGAUGGAAAUGCAUGGGUGUUGUGCAAUGCAACUGCAGGUACUGACUAUAUACCAUGCCUAGACAAUGAAGAAGCAAUAAAGAAACUACGGAGUAGAAGACAUUUUGAGCACAGAGAGAGACAUUGCCCAGAAGACCCACCAUCGUGUCUCGUCCCCCUUCCAGAAGGAUAUAAGGAGUCCAUCAAGUGGCCUGAAAGCAGGGACAAGGUAAAAUAUUCUAUUCGAAUAAGAUUUCGAUCAAGUGAAACUGGAUAG